UUUCUUGAUCAUCCUAUUAUUAAAAUUUCUGAAUUAGUUGUGUCAGACUUUGUAAAUUUAAAAUUUAAUGUGUAUUUUAUUAGUUCGAAUAAGAGUGUGCGCUUAGACAGAAGUGGGAGGGGCCCGCUGCGGUGUAUAAAUUUGAGGAGCGUGAGUUACGAGGACGCACUACUUUUACAGAUUUCGAGGUUAACACUUGAAGCAUUUCUCUAUUUAAAUUAUAUUUCAGAAAUAAAAAAAAAAAAAAAAAAAAUGGAAAACGAACAUAACCGACCGUCAAUUGAAAUUCGUAUAAAAAUAUACGACGAACAAUACGACAGUGAAGGAAACAGUAUUGUUUCUAGUAGUGACAGUGAAGCCACUACUGUUAUAUUCACCAAUGAAGAUCAGGGUAACAAUAUUCCAGUAUAUGAUGAUGACGAUAUAUUAGAAAAUAAUAUUAGCGAUGAAGAGAUUUCAGAAAUGGAUGCAUUACUACAAUCCCCAGAUUUACCAGCUACGGAGGAAACCUUUAAUAAUGAAUAUCACCACGGUUAUAUGGAGAAUCAAGAUGUUGAAGUUGAUGACGAUGUAUUGAUAAUCGAUGAAACCUUUAAUAAUGAAUAUCACCACGGUUAUAUGGAGAAUCAAGAUGUUGAAGUUGAUGACGAUGUAUUGAUAAUCGAUAUUAGCGAUGAGGAAGUUUCUGAAAUAUUAGAAAAUCCUCUAGACAACGAGAUUGACAUGUCACCGGAGCCUCCCCAAACACCAUCUCCAAUUCUAUCUGAAUCAUCAGAUAUUUUCACUGAUUUCAAUGAUAAAAGAAAAAUGGAAAAAUCACUUUCUCAUUCCUAUUAUGAUGAUGAUGAUGACAGUAAUGAUGGAGCGGAAAGGACGUUCAUCUUAAUUUUUGAGAGUGAUGAAGAUGAUUAUGAUAGUGAAGGGUCCACUAUAUCUGAAAGCUCUGAUGAUAGUGAGGUUGAUAGUGAGAUUGAUAGUGAGGAUGAUGAUGAUGAUGUAUCCCUCAUUGUCAGUCGGAUUAUUGUUAUUACAGGGGUAAUGAAUUUUACAACAUUGACAUUUUUAUAA